AUGUGUUUGAUUGAAAUAAUCUGUGUAGACAUCAGUGCUGUGCUGUUCAGUCCUAUAAAGAUGAGGUCCAAGAUUGCUCGGAGUCUUUCAGUGCUAGAUACUUCACCCUAG